UAUAUCCUCUUAUUGGUCUGUUAUACAUCCAUGGUGGAGACACGGCGUACAUCUUUUAACAGUUUAUGCCUCAUACCCACCACGUGCUUUACGGAAAACUUCCUGCACAUGCGCUCAGAAGCCUCGGCCUAGCAUGUAACAUCGUCUCCGCCUCCCCUUGAACCACACUCCCCUCUUUCUUUCGUCUCUGAAUCAGAUGGAAAACAAAUAAACCCUCCGCUUCUCCCGGAGCUGCUUCCACUGCAGAGCGGCUGCUCCUCGUGUAGGCUGGCCGCUGUAGGACACCGCAGGGCGGGGAAAGAGCGUCGCAGGGGGCCGGUGUUGUGCAGCGGUCUCUGGAGCUCUGGCAGCGUCUACUCUCCUCCCCUCGCGCUGCAUGCUGCUGCGGACCCACCGAUACAUGCACGGACAUAUCCACCGGCUGCUUCCAUUGAUGCGUAAUUACAGCACAGAGAGAAGCGACAGGAGCCGGAUUUAGUACCGAUUGAGCUGCAGAAAGGGAAGAAAAAGAUGAGCCGCAGAAGAGGAAGAGGAGGAUUUCUCCCCAUGUUUCUUUUCUUGUGUCUAAUAUGGACCCAGCUGCUGAUCACAGAAUCGUCUUCUGGGGACCACGAGCUCCGUCUCUUCCCUUCCCACCGCUCCGAUGUGAGCCCACAGAACGAUGCCGAAAACCUUCCCGAGUCCCCCCAUCCCCUCCUCCAUCACCAUCAUCACCGGCAUCACCGGCACCGCCCGCACGCUGCCAGGUUAGCCAGCGCGACGCCAGCCGCCCUGUUGGCGUCUCGGUUUCGCCAGGAGCCCGGAGGCCGGCGGACCCUGGACCUGCUGGCUCGACCACAUCAUGAUGUGCGCCCGGAGCACGCCGCGGUCUCUGCACGCCAUCUGGUUACCGUGUACCUGGCUGUGGAUGUGCGGAGGCUGAACGGUAGUCUUCUUCGGUGGUUUCGGGAAGGCGUAGCGGCGGCACUUGGCGUUCCUGCAGCGCACGUGCACAUCAACCGGCUGAAUGAGAAGAGGAAUGGCAUCGAGCUCUUCGUGUCCUCUGAUAGGCUGGGGAUCUCGGAGCCCCGCACCGCCGAAGAGGUCAUCCAAUCAUUGAACGUCCGGGUCCUUCACCGCCACCUGGGACACUUCGGCAUCACCGAAGUCUCCACUGAGAAGAACGUCCUGCAGGGCGAGCAGAGGGAUCACGUGUGGAGCAGGGAGGGGUUUUACGCCAUCGUCCUCUUCUUCACCAUCUUCGUCAUCGUCAUCACCUGCUUGAUGGUUUUGUACCGACUGAAGGAGAAGGUCCAGGUUUUAGACAGACAGCUAAAGGCCCCGCCCCCUGUUCGCCACCUGACCCCGACCGUCCAAUCGGACUCCGCCCAAUGGUCAAAGGGCGCCAAGUUUGUGACGUCAGGAAGCAUGGUCCAAGCUGAGCUCCCUCCAACUGUAGCCACGCCCAUUCGCCAGCAGCAGCCAAUCGUAGCCGGCCGUCGCCUGGCUCCUCCUGUCGUCCCUCUGCCCAGCUCCGCCCCUGCCCCCGUCGUCAGCAGCAACGACCACGCCCUCUUGGCCAGCGUUGCCCCGGUGACAGCCAAUAACGAGCUAAAGCCCUGCCCCUCCCCCUUCAGGAUGAAACCUGCUGCAGGAUUGCAGGAAAGACGUGGCUCUAACGUCUCUCUGGUGUUGGACAUGUCGGCUCUCGGCUCUGUGGAGCCCCUCAGCGUUGCCGUGGUAACCCCCCGAGAGGCGGCGGCCAGGGAGUACCUGUUGGCGGCCGGCCGGCCUCUGACGCGCCCGCAGCUCCGCGACAUCGUGGUCAACACGCACAAGCUGCACGCCGAGUUCGCCGAAAUUCCCAUGAAUUUCAUUGAUCCCAAAGAGCUCGAUGUUCCAAACAACGGCACCAAGAACAGAUACAAGACCAUACUGCCCAACCCUCAUUCCAGAGUGAUCCUGAAGUCAAAAAGCUGCAACGACCUGCUGAGCUCCUACAUCAAUGCUAACUACAUACGGGGUUACCUAGGCGACGGGAAGGCGUUCAUCGCCACCCAGGGUCCGAUGGUGAACACGGUGAACGACUUCUGGCAGAUGGCCUGGCAGGAGGAGGCGCCCGUCAUCGUCAUGAUCACCAAACUGAAGGAGAAGAACGAGAAGUGUGUUCUGUAUUGGCCAGAGAAGAGGGGAAUCUACGGGAAGGUUGAGGUGUUGGUCAACAGCAUCAGAGAGUGUGAACACUACACCGCUCGCAGCCUCACACUCAAGUGUGGGAAUCAAACCCGCGUGCUGCAGCAUUACUGGUACACGUCAUGGCCCGACCACAAAACCCCCGACUCCACGAUGCCGCUGCUGCAGCUGAUGGAGGACGUGGAGACGGAGAGACGGGCGGCCGCCGCCAUGGGGCCGGUCAUCGUCCACUGCAGCGCCGGGAUUGGCCGGACAGGCUGCUUCAUUGCCACGACGAUAGGCUGCAGACAGCUGCAGCUGGAGGGAGUGGUGGAUGUUCUGAGCAUCACCUGCCAGCUCCGAGCCGACAGAGGAGGUAUGAUCCAGACAGGUGAGCAGUACGAGUUCGUCCAUCACGCCUUGAGCCUGUACGAGGCCCGCCUAUCUGCAGAAACCGGCCAAUGAGUGCGCACCACCCCACAGGAGGCGUGAACUUAAAAACCAGGAAGUGUGCUAACAUGAAGCGGGUCCUUGUAGCGGGUAUGAUCUCCGACGUUUGGGAAUUCUGGAGGAGGUCUUUGAGUUUGAUGGACAACCAAUAAGGACUGCUUUGGGGCAGAGCCCGCCGAAGGAAAGAGGAAAGGUAAACUUCUGCAAAUGGAAAGCAUCCGCUCUUCUUCUUCUUCUUCUUCUUCUCUGCUGUUUCUCCGUGUGUUUUUUGGCGAGAGGUUCUUCAGAAGAGCUCAAAAGACUUGCUUAACUUCUCUCAACUGACUGUCGGAUCGUGUUUUUAACUACAGUAAUUAGACUGUCCUGUUACCUCUUUACUGUCAUGGAGACUUAGAAAUAGUUUGACUGAAAGUGAAGGUACGUUGAUCAAUCACACUGUUGUGUUUCCGUGUCUUAUAGGAUUUUCAAAAUGAUUUUUGUA